AGUUCGGGUCCCUGCAGCUGUCGAACAGAGUAACCACAGCCCCCCCCUGAAACCGCGUGAAGAUGGGCGCCACCAUGCUGCAGUCCGCCGCCUUCGUCCUCAGCGUGAUCGGAGUGCUCGCGGUCAUCGCCGCCACGGGGAUGAAUAACUGGAGCACCCAGGACCGGCAGGGCAACGUGGUGACCUCCGUCUACGUCUACAAAGGCCUGUGGAAGAGCUGCGAGGUGGCCACCUCCGGGCUCACCGAAUGCAGGCCGUUCUUCACCAUCAUAGGCCUGCCAGGAAGCUUCCAGGCUGUGAGAGCCCUGAUGAUCGUCGGCAUCGUAAUGGGGGCGAUUGCCAGCCUCAUAUCCAUCUGCUCCCUGAAGUGCAUCAGAAUGGGGAGCACGGAGGACGGGACCAAGGCCAAAAUGACCCUGGCGUGCGGGGUCAUGUUCAUCAUCGCAGGCCUCUGUGCUAUAGCCGGAGCUUCAGUCUACGCCAAUCAGAUCGUGUCCAGCUUCAUGAUGACCACGUACAACACAGAGUACAGUGGCGGAAUGGGUGGCAUGGGAAUGGGCGGUAUAGGAGGGACACUCACUCCCAGGUACACGUUUGGGCCCGCCCUGUUUGUAGGCUGGAUAGGAGGAGCCGUGCUGCUGGUUGGUGGGAUUUUAAUGUGCCUAGCUUUCCGAGGACUGGUUCCGGAUAAGUCAGAAUUCAGAGCAGUGGCUUACAAAGCUCCUCCCCAGGACAGGAUGGUACAUGAUCACGGAGAGGGCGGAAGACACGACAACCAGAAAUAUGUUUAAGUUCUACCCUGCGCUGCCCUCAGUAACCUGUACAUGAGACAAAAUGGAUGCCACCUAUUUUAAUAUUUUAAUGUUGAUAUGAACAUCUGGUUCUCCCAUUGUCAUUAAUGAA